AUCAAAAACAUUACGUAAAUCAAACAAAAUAAUAACUUAUUUCUAUAACUGUAAGGCAUAUAAUCCAUCAACAGGGUUCGUUAAGCACAAAUUAUAUUGCCGGAAACCUGCUUUAGACACUACCUUGACAUUAGCAAGUUAAUCGCCGCCAGUACAUAGACGACCGCGCUCGAGGCCACACGCAAUGAAGACCAUAGUUUUCCUACUAUUUGUCGCGACAUGUUAUGCCGAGGAGUUUAGUGCGCGAUCAAGAAACUUCAGCAUCGAACUUGUGCACCAUACACAGAAACAAACUGGUGGACAUGUAGUAAUAUCGCCUUUUGGAAUAUGGACCCUAAUGACCGGAGUUGCACUCGGUGCAACGGGCAACAGUUUCGCGGAGUUGCAACGCGCUUUCAUCCUCCCAAGGAACAAGAAAACCGUUAUUGCCGGCUACAAAGAAUUGACAAAAGCUGUUCUAAAUCCGUCCACAAACGGAGUAUCACUAGCGAGCAAAAACUUUGUAUUCAUCGACGACGAUUUCACUUUGAAUCCGGACUUUCGGAAAACGAUUAGCACAGAUUUUGACGCAACAAUAAAAGUACUCGAUUUUAAGAAUCCUGACCUGGCGGCAGGCAAAGCGAACAAUUUUAUCCAAAAUUCCGGAGGGCGAGUCUCUAACGUGCUAACGUCAGAUGACUUUGCGGAGUCUAGGAUGAUUUUAACUAAUGUGAUAUCCUUUAAAGGGUUAUGGUCAUCCCCUUUCAACGCGAGCGAAACAACAGUUGAGAACUUUUACAACGAAAAUAAUGAGGUCGUAGGGCAAGUCAACAUGAUGUAUCAGAGAGCGGAGUUUCCAUUCUCCAAUAUCGUUGACUUAAAAGCGUUUGUGGUCGAAUUGCCUUAUGGAAGUGAUGGAAAAUAUUCUAUGCUGUUAAUUCUGCCACAUCCUCGUGUAAAGUUGGACGAUGUUUAUAGAAGGCUCGAAAAUGUGACUCUUACAGAAAUAACAAAGAAGCUGCAGAGCGAUAUAGAAGAAUACGGGUCGACUGACGUUGACAUCAAACUUCCCAGAUUCAAGAUUAGUACGAAUGUCGUAAUGAACAAGCCACUAAAUGACAUGGGUGUUUACGACAUUUUUCAACCAGAUGUGGCUAGUUUUAAACGUGUCACGAAUGAGAAUAUUUAUGUCUCGGCCAUUGUACACAAAGCUGACAUUGAAGUCACUGAAACUGGGACGGUAGCCUCUGCUUCGACUUCCGCCAAUUUCGCCGAUAGGAUAUCGACGCCACUUAUGAGGGCUAAUAAGCCUUUUGCGUACUUUAUUAUUGAGAAAACUACUACGACUGUUAUAUUUGGUGGCAUCUAUUCGAAACCUACUGUUUAUUAAUGUUGUUUGUAGAAAAACUCGUGAUUUCAGUACGUUCUUUUUUAACAUUAGGUAGCUACAUAAAUUUUACCAAUCAAGUGCCAGAAAGUGUCAUAAACAUAUAU